AUGGUUCACCAAGUUGAAGUUGGCCGCGAGCCAGAAACCCGGAAUUUCUGGACGCAAUGGAAAGAGGAAGCCGCACCGUGUUACUUCCCUUCCUUGAUCGAGAACAAUGUUGCAUCAUCUGAUCGCUCGGAGCGAAAUGUUGAUCUCGAAAUCCUGGAGAGACACAAUAAAAACGUAUCCAGUGAAGAGACUCAACUGGACAUAUUGACAGCAUGGAGCGUCGUGUUGCAGCUGUUCACAGGGAAUGAUUCCGUAUCUUUCGGAUUGACCACCCAGUCAGGCCGAUCGAGGUUAUGUUCGGCAACGGUUGACCGAGACACAACCGUCAUGACAGUGCGAAAUGUGCUGAGAAAGGACCUGGCCCAAAGUGAAAACUUCACAUUCUCGGGUCUCAACAACAACCCUUCAUUUCAGUCAUUGGACGGCGAAGCCUUCUGCAAUACGGCAGUAAGCUUCGAUACCACCAUCACACCAGAAGAUGACGACAUGGCUGUUCAUCUAAAUUUUCUCGAAUCCAAUGACGCUGCUGAGGCGAAGCUCACCUACUCACGAGCAUAUAUGGGAGAAGACGAAGCUGCAGAUGUUGUCAACACAUUCCAGCAGGCUCUCAGCGAAGUCAUUACAAAACCCACGACUCUCUAUUCUGAGAUCCAAACCCUCCAUCCAAACAGCUCCAGGAAGCUUUUCGAGUGGAAUACCGUGGCACCCGCCUCGGUCGAUCGAUGUGUUGGCGAGCUCUUUGAGGAGCAAGCCAGCCACACCUCAACAAAUAUGGCCAUCCACGCCAGCGACGCAAGUUUCACAUAUGCAGAACUUGAAAGCGCAUCGCGGAAGCUAGCACUAGCACUGCAAGCAAAGUCUGUCGGUCCCGAAGACGUUGUACUGCUGUGUUUUCCAAAGUCCGCAUGGGCUGUUGUGGCGAUGAUGGCGGUGGUCAGAGCAGGCGCAACUAUGCUUUUCUUUGAUGUUUCCCACCCAGUGGGUCGACUUGAAGAGAUUCAAAGUCAAGUACAGGCCAGAAUCAUGCUGACAGCGCCACAAUACGCCGAUAUGUGGGCCUGGACAGGUGCAGACGUCCUCGCGGUGGACCCUAAUUUGAUGGAUAGCCUUCCAGAAAGCUCACUACUGGCCUCCACUGUGAGGCCAGAUAAUUCCUUGUACAUUAUUUACACUUCAGGCUCCACCGGCAAACCCAAGGGCUGCUGCGUUGAGCAUCGCCAGUUCCUUACUGGUUCGUUCGCACAACGAAAGGCCAGUGGAAUGCGGGAUACGGACCGUGUCUUGCAGUUGGCAAGCUUCUCCUUCGAUGUCAGCUUGCUUGAAAUCAUGACUUCACUCAUAACCGGUGCGUGUGUCUGCAUCCCAGGAGACGCAUCGCGUUCACGGGGACCAGCUCAUUGUAUCCAAGAGUUUGGCGUGACUUGGGCAUUCUUGACCCCGUCUUUGGUGAAGCUCAUGACCCCUGACAUGGUCCCGACCCUGCGCUUCCUGGUUCUUGGUGGCGAAGCGCUUGGAAAGAGUGACGUCGAGACCUGGGCACCCACACAUGUCCAACUUGCAAAUGGCUACGGACCAACGGAGUGCAGUGUAGCCGCAACAGGACUGCCAAGCCUAUCUCGCGAUACAGACCCGAGUAAUAUUGGAUUCCCUCUUGGUGCGCUAAUAUGGAUUGUAGAUCCCGAAGACCAUCGCCGGUUAGUUCCGCCUGGAUGUCCAGGAGAGCUCCUUGUUCAUGGGCCCAUUGUCGCCCGCGGCUACUACAAGGACGCAGAGAAAACAAAUGCCGCUUUCAUCGAAGACGAAUUCCCAUGGCUACCCAGGACCGAGUCUGGCGCAGCCAGGCGAAUGUACAAAUCUGGCGACCUUGCCCGCUUCAACAGCGAUGGCAGCAUCCAUUUCUUGGGUAGAAAAGGCCAAGAUUCGCAAGUCAAGCUGCGCGGGUUGAGAAUAGAGCUUGGUGAGAUCGAGCACCAUAUCGCUAAGCAUGAGGCCGUCAGGCGAGCAGCUGUGUUGCUGCCACGCCAGGGCCCGUGCAAGGGCCAGUUGACAGUUAUACUAUCACUGAACACAGCGCCGGAGCCGGAGUCAGACAAAGAAUUACAGCUUCUUCACGGCUACCUCGACGAUGUCGACCAGAUCAAACAAGCUGUCUCUGACCACCUGCCAGCCUACAUGGUCCCUUCGCUAUGGCUCGUCGCCAGCUCCGUCCCUCUGUCAAUAUCCGGAAAGCUUAACCGUUCGGCCGUCACCCAGUUCAUCAACGGCAUGAACGACGAAACCUACCACAUAGCCACUGGAGACGAUUCCGAGACCGCCGUACUUCCUGCCAACCCGAUUGAGGAGAAGCUCCAGCAGAUCUGUAGCGAGAUCCUCAACGUACCCACAUCCAGCAUUCGUCUCAACCGCUCAUUCAUACACAACGGUCUUGAUAGUAUUCUGGGUAUGCAGCUCGUUUCGAAAUUAAGAGCUGCAGGCAUUGCCGUGUCAAUCAAAGAUAUACUGGAAGCGAAAUCACUAUCAGAGCUGGCUGAGAGGGCCCAGACUGGUGAUGAAGUCACCACUGUCAAGACAUACCCUGUCUCGUACGAUCUGGCAAGAUUUGAGUCCGAUAUUUUGCCAGGCCUUCCCGUGGAGGCAGAAGACAUCGAGGAAGCCUACCCUCUGGGUGUGAUGCAGAAAGGCAUCCUGCUGAGCCAACAACGAGAAUCAGCUAGUUACGAACUUCGGAUCCUGUGUCGAGCUACCCUUUUUCAUGGGCGAGAGAGCAUCGAUAUCAACCGCCUCAAGGACGCCUGGACGAAAGUCUCGAACCGACACGCAUCAUUGAGAACUAUUUUCACUCCCAGCCUUGCAGACGACUCACCCUGCGACCAGCUCGUAUUGAAAAAUGUUGAUCCACAAAUUAGCAUCGUUUCAUGCAGUGACGAGACCGAAGUUCGUCAGGCUGUUCAUCAGUACAGCAUCGCCAAUACCGACAAAGGUCAGAGACCAAGAGUUGAUUUCGUCGUAUAUGCAACCAAACAGUAUCUUUACUGCAUGGCUGCUGUCGACCAUGCGCUGAUCGACGGUGUAUCUGUGCUGCUCAUGUUCCGCGAUCUCAACAAGUCUGCCAGCAUGAAUUUCUGGAAGCAGUAUCUACAAGAUGUCUCCUCUUGCUACUUUCCAGUCCUCAAUGACGACUCUCACGCAUCGGAUGAGUUGCAUGAGCUCACGGCAUCAAUCGAUCAAAGCCUCAGACUCCACGUCUUCUGUAGGACGCACAACAUCACACCUGCCAGCCUGCUGCAUUUAGCGUGGGCCAUGACCCUGCGAGCUUAUAGUGGCGCUGAAGACGUUUGCUUCGGCUACCUCUCCGCUGGACGAGAUCUCCCAGUCCAGGACAUUGACGAUGCUGUCGGCGCAUACAUCAACAUGUUGGUAUGUAGAUUGGACUUGGGUGAGCUUGCAUCCAGCAGCCUGCUCCACCUCGCGGAGUCUGUACAACAGUCCUUCCUCAAGUCAAUGCCUCAUCAGCUCUGCUCCUUAGCCGAGAUUCAGCAUGAGCUUCAGCUUCGUGGUCCGCUCUUUAACACCGUCCUAUCCCUACAAAGCGCCUUGGGAGAGGUGAUCCAAACGAGCGAUGAUAGCAUAGCUUUCGAGAUUGUGGAUGAAGUUGAUUUGACAGAGUACGACAUCUCGGUCAACAUUGCUGUUGCUCGAGAAGAUGUCCGCCUGAGCUUCCGCCAUUACACAUCAAAGGUAAAUGACAAGAUGGCGAGCAAUAUCCUGGAAACUUUCCAGAAUAUGAUCAGGAUCAUCAUCCAAGAUCACACGAAGCGGCUCAAUGAGGUCGACCUCCUCAGCGAAAACGACAAACAGCAGAUCCUCUCGUGGAACGAGAAGAUAUGGGAAGAUCACCGGCAAUGCAUCCACGGUGUUAUCUCUGAGCAAGCAAGACGAAAGCCAAAUGCCCUAGCCAUCGACGCGCAUGAUGGCCAUCUGACUUAUGCUGAACUCGAUUCAAUCAGCUCUCUGCUUGCAGCUCAUCUUAGCGAGUUGGGUGUUGGUCCGGAGACUUUAGUUCCGCUUUGCUUUAAGAAGUCUGUCUGGGUUCCCGUAGCCCAGAUAGCGGUUCUGAAAGCAGGAGGAGCUUGUGUGUCAAUGGAUCCCACACACCCUGAGAAGCGCAGGGACGAGUUGCUCCGACAGUGCGAUGCCAAGAUGGCGCUCACCUCUCCUGAGUACGUCCACCUCUUUGAAAAAUUGGUUGGAAAGGCUUUGGCAAUCAGCAAGUCACUCCUGGAUGAGUUGGUGGAAAGACAAUCCACUUUACCGAAAACCUGGAUAAAGCCAACGCCAGCCAAUCCCUGCUUUGUUGUGUUCACGAGUGGCUCAACCGGCAAACCAAAAGGAAUUGUGCUCGAGCAUCACGCGUUGGCGAGCAGCAGUGCAGCACAUGGCCCCGUCAUGAUGUACAAUCAACCUGGCGCACGAAUUCUUCAGUUUGCUUCGUAUACCUUUGACGUCAGUAUCGGCGAGACAUUUUCAGGUCUUCAGAUGGGAGCAACAGUCUGCAUCCCUGCCGAGGAGGAUCGCCUGGACGAUCUUGCUGGAGUCAUCAACCGGAUGAACAUCAACAUUGCUUACUUGACACCGUCAGUAGCUAGUCUCUUGGAACCAACAGAUGUUCCAAACCUUGAAGUCCUCGUCUUGGGAGGCGAGGCCGUCAGGGCGGAGAACGUUGCGGCCUGGGCUGACAAAGUGCACCUCAUUAACCUCUAUGGGCCAGCAGAAACCAGUGUAUACUCUACUGGAUUGUCUCCUGUCACCCUCACCACUGCCCCUGGAAAUGUCGGUUUUGGCAUUGGAGCACGUAUGUGGAUCGCAGACGCUAGCAACCCGGACCGACUGUGCCAUGUCGGCGAAGUCGGAGAACUCCUCAUACAAGGACCUAUUGUCGCCCGUGGAUAUCUGAACGACCUUGAAAAGACAAACGCCGCUUUCAUCCCGCCGCCUCGAUGGAUGCUUGAGGCCGGUAUGCAGAUUUCUGAUGAAGAGAAACUGUACCGCAGUGGUGAUUUCUGCAGAUACAACUCUGAUGGCACUCUCAACAUUGUCGGUCGAAAGGACAUGCAAAUCAAACUUCAUGGGCAGCGUAUAGAGAUGGCGGAAGUCGAGUAUAACAUCCUCCGCUGCGACAGCAUCGCCAAUGCGGUUGUGUUGUACCCUCGAAGUGGACCACUCAAAGAGCGACUAGUAACAGUAAUUGCACUUCGCGAAUCAUCCAAGGCCACAGAAGACACGAAGACAAUUCAGCUCAUCGAUCCUUCACGUAACUCAGUAGCAGCGAAGAAGAUUUCACAGGGCAGAGCAUACUUGGGUCAGCGCGUCCCAGGAUACAUGAUGCCUUCGGUAUGGCUCUGCUUUGACAUACUGCCGCUGUCCCGGAACGAGAAGACGGACCGUGUUCGUGUGCUGCAAUAUGUUCAAGAGAUGACCGCUGUUUCAGGCGUAUCAAAUGCUGCCGCUGAAGAGGAGAUCGAGAUUUCAGUUCCUUUGACGUCGAUAGAAACCACUGUACAAGGUAUUGUGGCCGCAGUCCUUGGACAGCCGGAGUCAAAGAUCUCCAUGGACCGGAGCUUUGUAGGGAUGGCCGGUGAUUCCAUUCAGGCUAUGCAGGCCGUAGCAAAAUGUCGGACAAACGGGUUGUCUGUCACCGUCAAAGACGUUCUUCUGAGCAAGUCGCUGAGAGACCUUGCAAAGAAAGCACGUCCAAUGUCAACUACGCCUAUCCGACAAAUUGGUAGUGAUGAGCCAUUUGCUUUGCUUGCGAACGCGACAUUGGAGGCCCUCGACCAGGACGUUAAGAAAAUUGGCUACUCUGGAUCAGACGACUUGGAAGACGCUUACCCCGCUAGCCCUAUGCAGCAAGGCCUUCUCAUUGCCCAGGCGCAUGCAAGUGGUAACUACAAGUUCUUCGCAGUCUGUGAGACAACGGCACUUAAAUCAGGCGUCAAAGUAUCAGUCGAGGCACUGCAGGCAGCAUGGCAACAAGUCGUCGACAGGCAUGCCAUCCUCCGGACCGUCUUCUUCGAAACAAGCAACGCAGAAAUUGAUUCUGUUAGCUCUCUCUUCACUCAGGCUGUAUUGAAGCGAUUCAGCGUGAGGAAGGCUCAAGUCAGCGACUAUCAGACACUUCUGGACCAACCCUGGACCAACCCUAUCGAUUAUGAAGACGGCCUUCCACCCCACAGAUUCACAGUCUAUGAGAGUGCCACAGACGGCAAGGUAUACUUCAAUCUCGAGAUCAGUCACACAUUGAUUGAUGGUGCUUCGAUGGCCAUCAUUCUCAGGGAUCUCGUCUCAGCCUAUCAACACCAAAGUCUGGCUCCUGCACCGCUUUACCGCAACUACAUCUCAAUGCUGCUUGAGAGUCAGCAGACACAGCUGGAGAUCUCCCUAGCGUAUUGGAGCCAAUACUGCGAGGGUGUUGAGCCUUGCAUUAUGCCCAAGCUCCUGCUUGAUCAGAGUGCACCCAUCCAACCAACUUUGGAGACGGUCAAGGUCGCCUUUCCUUCUGAGGCUGUCGGAAAGCUUCACGCAUUUUCGAAGGCUAAUUCAGUCACCUUGGCCAGUAUUUUGCAAACUGCGUGGGCCAUUGUCGUCCGGGCGUACAGCAGCAACCCCGAUGUCGUUUUUGGCUUCCUUGCGUCUGGUCGUGACAUCUCGCUCGACGGUUUGGAGAACGCCAUGGGCCCUUACAUUAACAUGCUGAUUUGCCGUAUCAAUGCAAAGUCUUCGAACAAAGACAGCAUACUGACGACAAUUCAGAAGGCACAGAGUGACUAUCUGGACGCCUUACCUCACCAGCAUGCUCCGUUGGGCCAGAUCCAACACAGCCUUAUGGACGCCUCUGCAGGCUCACGCCUUUUCAACUCGGUUCUAUCGAUCCAGCGGCCACUCUCAACAGAAGACAAUGGAAAUGAGAUCAAGAUUGAAUGUGUGCACUCCUACGACCCGACAGAAUACGACUGCAGCGUCAGUAUCACCGCCAGUGAAGCAGUCGUUGAGGCAAACAUCAGCUACAUGUCGUCGUACUACACAACUCAGCAAGCCACACGUAUCGCGAAGACCUUCUCAAAGGUUCUGACUGACAUGCUGAAAGACCCCACUGCACCACUCACCAGCCUCAAUUUUGUUACACCGGAAGACAAGCACACCAUCCUGAGCAGAAACAAGAAUGGAGAGGUUCCAUCGGCGGUUGAGGAUCUCAUCCAUGCGCAAGUUGUUCGUCAAGCAGCACAGAACCCUAGUGCGCCGGCUAUUGCUUCGUGGGAUGGCUCCUAUUCUUAUGAAGAGCUCAUUUCCAUUGCAGGUCGUCUUGCGCAUCAUCUACGGAACAAUGGAGUCACAGCUGAGCAGAAGGUACUCCUCGCUUUUGAUAAGAGCAAGUGGGCUAUCGUAUCAAUGCUUGCAGUUCUCCUGGCAGGAGGCACCUAUAUCUCCAUCGAUCCUGCCCAUCCGGCUCAGCAUUACCGGAACAUUAUUGAACAGGCCGAGCCGAUCCUGCUUUUGACUGGAUCCCAAAAGUAUGCUGAGAAGCUCAACGCUGUCUUCAAGUCCCUCAUGGUUGUCGAAGAGAGUCUAUUAUCCCAGAUCCAGGACCACUCGGAUCUCCCUGAUGAGGUAGCCUUGCCGGAGAACGGCGCCUUCAUCUGCACCACUAGUGGUAGUACUGGACGCCCAAAAGCCAUUACGAUCACUCAUAGCUCUUUCAGUUCAGUUGUCGGCUAUAACAAUGAGAUGGGCAUUGGAAAUAGCUCUCGUGUCUUCCAAUUCGCAAACUACACUUUUGACACCUCUAACUCAGAGAUCUGGACACCAUUGAUGCUGGGUGGAUGUGUCUGCAUUCCUUCCGAAGACGAGCGGAUGAAUGACACUGCUGGAGCAAUCAAUCGUCUCGCUGUCAACUGGUCGUUCUUCACGCCCUCGAUGGCAAGUUUGUUGAAUCCCACAGAUAUCCCCAGUCUCAAGACACUAGCUUUGGGCGGUGAACUUGUUCGAGAAGACAUUGUCAGUACCUGGAAGGACUAUGCCCGGGUAAUCAACAGUUUUGGACCAGCUGAGUGCUCCGUAUGGACUAGUAUGGCCGACAUUGGACUUGGAAAUCCCCCUGCUACUAUCAACAAGGGAGAUGGAGGCUAUGGUGCUCUUCUCUGGAUCGCCGACACUACUGACGUAACCAAAUUGGCACCUAUAGGAGCGACGGGAGAGCUCCUGAUCGAAGGACCGAUCGUCUCCCGCGGCUACCUCGAUCUUGAAAAGACUGCAGAAGCUUUCAUUCCACCACCGCCCUGGCGUGCGCAAGACAAACCCGACACUCGCCUGUACCGAACCGGAGACUUGGUUCGCUACAACGAGGAUGGUACCGUCGUGGUUGUUGGUAGGCGAGACGCACAAGUCAAGCUGAACGGACAACGAAUCGAAUGCUCUGAGAUUGAACGCCAUGUGGCUUUCCACGAACUCGUGCGCUUUGCGGUCAUCUUCGUGCCAAAGAAAGGUAUUUGUCAAAGAAAGCUUACGGCAGUCGUUACUCUCCAGAAAUUCUCUGAGAAGACUAUGGAAUCCGAGGAGCUGCGUCCAAUUUCUCCUGAGCAUGCCAAAGCGGCAGCUGAGCAAAUUGAAGAAGUCAAGGAGCAGCUUCGUAGUCGCGUGCCAGGAUACAUGGUACCAACGUCAUGGCUCAUUGUGGAGUCAAUGGCUUUGACGCCAUCAAAGAAAGUCGAUCGUGUAGCCAUUGCUCGUUGGGUCGAGAUGCUAUCGAACGAAACCUACACGCAAGCUUUGGAUGCCACGGCAGCCGCAGACCAAGGCGCCAUCGUGGAGAAGGAGAAUCUCAGCCCAGAGGUCAAGCUGAUCCAGCGUGUUAUGGCCACCGUCUUGAACAUGCCACUAGACCAGGUUGACCUGAACAAGUCCUUCUUGAAUCUUGGAGGAGACUCUAUCCAAGCUAUCGGCACAGUCGUCCAGUGUCGAAAGGAGGGUCUGCGCUUAACGGUUAAAGCCAUCAUGCAGUCCAAGAAUCUCCAUGAUCUCGCAGCGGCUGCUGAAAAGUCGGAUCAAGCCCAAAGUCUACAGCAGGAGGAACUCUUUGGGGUUCCCUUUGAGCUGUCGCCUAUUCAAAAGCUGUACUUUUCCGAAAUUGCUAGGUCCUCCCGCGACCCGGAGGCGAACCAGUUCAACCAGAGUUUCUUGCUUGCUGUGACUGCCAAGAUGGAUGCAGACGAAGUGGCAAAUUCUCUACAGAAAAUUGUUGAAUACCACCCACUGCUGCGAGCCAGGUACUCUCUUGGAAAUGACGGAAGUUGGAUGCAAACCAUUCCAAAGCAGGCAGAAGGAAGCUUCCAUUUCGCAAGCCACGAUAUCGACUCGGAUGAAGACGCCCGCUCAAUUGCUCGGAAGCAGCAGGAACAGCACCGCAUCGAGACAGGACCUGUAUUUGCUGCCGUGCUGCUGAACAUCAAGAGCACCAGCAAACAGCUUCUGUUCCUCACUGCUCACCACCUGGUCAUUGACCUGGUUUCUUGGCGAAUCAUUAUUCGGCAGCUGGAGGACUUGCUGACAGUCAAGGGAUCGCUGCUACCCGCCCUCAAGCCGUUCCCAUUCCACUCUUGGGUCAAAGCCCAGGCAGAAUACAGCAACCAAAAUCUUACUCCGCAAUCCGCUCUCUUGCACGAAGUCCCAGCAGCCGAUUUCAGCUACUGGGGUAUGCAAGGGGAGCAAAACCUCAGGGGCGAUAUUGCAGAGUUCAAGUUCACACUUGAUGCUGAUAGCACUGACGGGCUAUUACGGAGAAGCCACACAUCCAUGAAAACCGAGGCUCUGGACAUCCUACUGGCUGCCGCCUUUUCAUCAUUUGCGGAAGCGUUCUCGCGUACACCGCCAGCCAUAUUCAACGAAGGACACGGAAGAGAGUCCUGGGAUAGCUCUCGCAUUGAUGUCACAGAAACAGUGGGCUGGUUUACUACCAUGUAUCCUCUACAUGUCUCACCUGUCAAGAGCGAUCUCACUGGCACUAUUCAGCAACUCAAGGACCAGAGACGAUCCAUACCACGCAAGGGAUGGUCUUACUUCAACUCAACGAUAUCGAAUCCAGAGGGUAAGGCUGCAUUCGCCAAGCACUGGCCGAUUGAGAUCUUGUUCAACUACCUCGGAGUAUACCAAGGACAAGAACAGGAAACAGCACCCGGCAAAGACACCAGUCUUCUUCAGAUCAUACCCUUCAAUGAAGGUGACUUUGGUCCCCAGGUUAACCGGUUCUCGUUGAUCGAUAUCAACACGUAUGUUCUCGAUGGGAAGGCUCAUGUUUCACUCACCUACAACCGCAAGAUGAAGCAUAUUGAUGAGAUUGAACGCUGGGUACAGUUGUAUCAACAAACACUUGCCGACAUGAUUUGCGCCUUGGAGCAGUCGCCACGAAUCCUGACCCCAGGAGACUUCCCUCUAUUGCAGAACAUAACCUACGCCAGUCUCCAAGGACUCCAGAAGCUCUUCGAGGUUUCUUUCUCUCUUGACAACAUUGAGGAUAUCUACGCCUGCUCCCCAAUGCAAGAAGGCAUCUUGCUCACCCAGAACCGGAUGGAUGGCGCAUACCACAUUGAAAUGAUAGUGCAAAUAUCGUCCGUUCGCGGUGCACCAAUCGAUAUACCCAGACUGGUCAAGGCAUGGCAGAUGGUAGUUGACCGACAAGCGGUGCUGAGGACCGUCUUUGUGGAGGGCCUAUCUGACCGUCCACAUGAUCAACUCCUACUCAAAGAAUACUCUGCCUUGGUCAAGUUAUUGAACGCGCCCGAGGGAGAUGCAGUGAGCUUCUUGAAUGCCCAAACACAGGUAUUAAGCCCUGACCAGCCGCCGCAUUGCCUUACAAUCUUGCACGACACCAAGAACAGCCUUACUCUCUGCAAGCUGGAGAUUAGCCAUGCAUUGGUGGACGGUACAUCGAUGUCUAUCCUUGUCUCAGAUUGGGUGGAGGCUUACCAGAACCCAUCUAACGCUAGCCCUGGACCUCUCUACAGCGACUAUAUUAGCUACAUUCAGUCGCAGCCCCGAGACGCAGCCGUCGACUUCUGGAAGAGCCAGUUGAAAGAUGUCAGGGCCUGCCACUUCCCCACUCUCGCAGAGUCGAAUGUCGAACCUGAAGAAACUCGUCCUCUUCGCCAAAUCGAGGUCAAAGUUCCUGAGGCCUCUCAGGUACGAAGUUUCUGCCAAGAGCACAACGUUACUUUGGCAAGCAUCUUCCGCCUGGCAUGGGCAAAGGUUCUUCGAGCCUUCACAGGAGACGAUCAAGUCUGUUUCGGAUACUUGGCGUCUGGUCGAGAAGUCCCAGUGGCGGGGAUCGAAGAAGCAGUCGGAGCAUUCAUCAACAUGCUCGUCUGCUCAAUCGACUUCGAUAUCACCUCGCAGCAAUCGGCAGUACUGUCUUUGGAGAAACUUCAGGACGAAUACCUGCAGUCUCUUCCAUACCAGCAUGUCAGCCUUGCCGAGAUCCAGCACGAACUUGGCCUAUCUUCUGGCCAAAAGCUGUUCAAUACCGUGCUCAGCUUCCAGAGGCGACCCCACCAAGACUUUUUCGCUGGCGACUUGCAACUUCGCUACAUCGACGGUGUGGAUCCGACGGAGUACCCAAUCUCAGUCAGUAUCUCCGACGACUCCGGCAAGAUCCACGUGCAAAUGAGCUACUUUGCUAGUAUUUUGUCCGAUACCCAGGCAGCGAGUGUCAGCAACGCACUUUCUAAUGUUCUCGCCUCCAUCAUGGAUAGACCGCAACUGCCAGUUGCACAGUUGAAGAUGGCAGAUGACGAAGACCGAAAACAAAUAUCCUCUUGGAACUCGGAUAUUCCUGCAGCGGUUGAAAACUGCCUGCCCAUGAUCUUCCAGGAGUCGGUAAAGCGCGCCCCUGAAGCUGUUGCUAUCGACUCGUUCGAGGGUACCAUGUCAUACGGCGAGCUAGAUCUCAAGAGCAGUCAGGUGGCUGCCCAAAUUAUGCAACAGGGAGUAACCGUCGGCGACUUCAUUCCAAUCGCCUUUGAAAAGAGUAUUUGGGCCAUUGUGCCUAUGAUGGGUGUCAUGAAAGCUGGAGCUGCUUAUGUCCCUCUCGAUAUGGCCCACCCAGAUAACCGUCUGAAGACUAUCAUGGCUCAGCUUGGACAUUUCCGGUUAGUCCUGGCAUCGCAGAUCAACACCAAGCGAAUGCAGACGCUGGCGGAUAGCGUCUUGACGGUUUCUUCCGGGACCCUUUUGGACAUGGCUUCGGCUCCUGUUGCCCUACCUACCAUCACACCUGAGUGUUCUGCAUACUGCCUCUUCACAUCUGGUACCAGUGGUGUGCCCAAGGGCGUGGUCCUGAGCCACCGAGCAGUAAACAGCAGUACCUUCCACCACGGUGCCCUCAUGGGUUGUAACAGCUCCACACGCAUGUACCAGUUCGCCGCCUUCACCUUUGAUGCUUGCAUCUUGGAGAUUUUCACGACUCUUAUGUACGGCGGAACCAUUUGCGUCCCUUCAGAGGAUGAGAGGAUGAGCGAUAUCGCCGGCUUUAUCAACAGGAAACAAGUCAACACCGCCUUCAUGACACCGUCAGUUGUGCGCAUACUCAAACCUGAAGAUAUUCCAACAAUGAAGACCUUAGUACUUGGAGGUGAAGCGCUCGGAGCUGACAACAUUGCGACAUGGGCAACUAAGCUUCGACUGAUGAACGGAUAUGGCCCAACAGAGACAUGCGUUUUCGCAGUAAUGAAGACUUUCGAAGGCACGACAGACCGAAACGACGUCCUAGGCAAAGGAGUUGCUUCCCAAACCUGGAUCGUAAAUCCCGACGACUCUAGUCAGCUUGCGCCCCUGGGAGCCGUCGGCAUGCUUCAUCUUUCCGGGCCGGCACUGGCAGAUGGCUAUCUAGGAGAUCAGACCAAAACCGAUAGUGUAUUCCUGGAGAGUCCCGGCUUUCUUCCAGACGAGAGAGCAUACAAUACCGGCGAUCGCGCUCGCUACACUGCUGACGGCUCCAUCGUCUACCUUGGCCGAGCUGACCAGCAGACGAAACUACGUGGACAGAGAAUCGAGCUUGCUGAGAUCGAGGCUCAUACUUUGAAGAACCUACCAGACGUAAGUGGCGUCUGUGUGGACAUUGUACUUCCAGGUGGUCUACAAGACAAAGCUUGUCUCGCCGCUUUCUUCUGUCUAGACAAGAACGACAAGUCGCCUCCGGGUGAAGACCUGCUCCUACCCGUGUCCGAGCAUUUAAAGGACGAGAUCUUGAUGCUCAAGAGGGCUCUCGAGGAAGCACUACCACCGUAUGAAGUUCCGGCUCUAUACAUUCCUCUCAGCAAGAUGCCAACGACCACUGCUGGAAAACUUGACCGACGAGCUCUCCGCGAGGCGAUAGCUACCCUUCCACAAGAGGAGCUCCUGCGCAUGUAUUCACAAGCAGAAAGCUCGAAGAAGCCUUUGACCACUGCAGCAGAGCAAUCCCUCGCUCUCGCCUGGGCUGAGGUAUUGAAAGUACCAGUCUCUCGCAUUGGGGCAGAUGACAACUUCUUCAAACUGGGAGGUGAUUCAAUCUCCGCAAUGAUACUUUCUUCGAAGAGAGUGGCUACAGUAGCGGACAUCUUCAGAAAUCCCGUUCUAUCAGACAUGGCAGCUGUGCUCAGCAGCAAGUCGACCAGCAGCAAGAGUGGCAGCGAGACAGUUGCUCCAUUCAGCCUUCUUGACAAGAACACUACUAUACAGUCCAUUGCAGCUGAAGCAAAUGUAUCUCCUGACGAUGUUGAGGAUGCAUACCCAUGCACGCCACUGCAAGAAGGUCUCAUGGCGCUUUCGCUCCUGAAUCCUGGAUCGUACAUUCUACGAAAGGUCCUCCGGCUGCCGGCCACGAUUGACCUGCCAAUUUUCAAGGACGCCUGGGAGGUAACGGUUGCUAAUACCCCAUUCUUGCGUACAGCAAUCGUUGAGGGCCGAAACGCAAACUCACUGCAGGUCGUACUCAAGUCCAACUCCACAAGCUUGUGGCGUACAGCUUCUAACCUUCAAGACUACCUUGAAAAGGAUGAAAAGGAAAGAUUUACCUUUGGAUCGCCAUUAUCGCGCUAUGGUAUCACUGGAGAUGGCCACUUUGUCUGGACAGCACACCAUUCCAUCUACGACGGCUGGACUCUACCCCUGAUCCUCGAUCAAGUCCGUGCCUUCUACACAAACAGCACACCGAAGAGCGCGCCUAGCUUCAACAAUUUCGUCAAGUACAUCACUUCUACCACUCACGAUGAAGCCAAGACCUACUGGACAAACUCUCUGUCAGGCGGAAAGCCAACCAUUGCCUACCCAGAACCCCCUGCGGCUACUCAUACUCACCAAGACAGGGUUGAUGGAGUAGCAAAUCGACGAAUCGAAAUUCAUUCACAAUCAGACGCCGAUGUUUCAACAGCAACACUGCUGAGAGCAGCAUGGGCAUAUGUGCUCGCCCAGUACUCCGAUGCUGGUGAAGACAACGACGUCGUGUUUGGAACCACCCUUUCGGGUCGCAGCUGCCCAGUUGACGGAAUUACAGACAUUAUUGGACCUACGAUCACAACAGUGCCUAUUCGAAUGGGUAUUCCUACAGGAGAAGCCACUGUCAGAGCCUUCUUGAAGGCAGUGCAAGACCAGGCAACAGACAUGAUGCCGUUCGAGCACUUCGGUCUGCAGAACAUUGCCAACAUCAAUGCAGACACUGCAGCAGCUGUACAGUUCCAGAACCUCUUCGUCGUUCAGCCCAUGGCGCAGAGAUUUGACAUCCAACCAGAGGAGCUACUUGGUGCGGAAGAAGUGGCUCUCCCCCUGAAAAGUUUCGACACAUACCCGCUCGUCUGGGAGUGCAGUCUUGAUGAGAACGACAUCCAUGUCGAAGCCCGAUUUGAUCAGGCUAUCAUCCUACAGAGUCGAGUAGAGAGGAUGCUCCGUCACUUUGAGCAUAUUGUAUCAUGCUUCCAGCAAGCUUCGGAGGAGACAAAGAUGAAAGACAUCACCAUGCUCACCACCGAUGAAAUGAGCCAGAUUCUCGAUUGGAACAACACAUACCCAGAGAUUCUGGAGACAACUGUCCCUGCAGUCUUCGCAGAGCAAGUCAAACUUCGGCCCGACUCACUUGCAAUCGAUGCUUGGGAUGGAAAACUGACAUACGCUGAAUUGGAUCAACUAUCAACCGCACUAGCCGGAAAGCUAGCUCGAGACUACGGAGUAGGCCCAGAAGUCUUAGUUCCACUGUCUUUCCAGAAAUCAAUAUGGGCUGUGGCAACACAGCUCUCCGUCAUGAAAGCAGGCGGUGCCGUCAUCAACCUGGACCCAACUCAUCCCCUGGACCGUAUUCAGCUCAUCCUUCAAGAUGCCAAAGCAAAGGUUUUGCUGACAGCUUCUCAUUUAGAAGAGAGGUUCGAGAAGGUAGCUGGCCUGACAACAAUUGCUAUUGAUGAGCAGUACUUCGCCAACCUGCCCCUUACGAGCACAACUGCUUUGCCUACCAUCAGCCCCCAUAAUCCAGCCUAUGUUCUCUUCACUUCUGGAUCGACUGGACUCCCCAAAGGAAUCGUUAUCGAGCAUCGCAGUCUUUGCUCCAGCAGCAAGGCACAUGGAACAGCCUGGAACAUUGGCCCAUCGACUCGCCUUCUUCAAUUUGCAGCCUACCAGUUCGAUGUCUCAGCGGCAGAUAUCUUCACCACACUCCAAAGGGGUGGCUGCAUAUGUGUGCCUUCUGAGAAUGAACGUCGGAAUGACCUUGCAGGCGCUAUCAACCGAUUCCAAUGCAACUGGGCUUUCCUGACUCCAACGGUCGCCUCACUUCUGCCAGCCGAGGGUAUUCCCAGUCUUCGGAAGCUAGUUCUUGGUGGCGAAGCUAGCACCAGAGCCAUCAUCGACAAAUGGCACAGUGUCCUGGACCUCAUUGUGUGCUACGGACCAGCUGAGACAACAAUUUACUCAUCGGGAGCGCCUCCAGCCACAGCUUCCAGUGAUCCAGCUGAUAUUGGCUCUCCGAUUGGCGUCUUGAACUGGAUCGUGGAUCCUUCAGAUCAUAACAAGCUUGUGCCUAUCGGCUGCACAGGUGAGCUGCUACUGGAAGGACCCACUGUUGCUAGAGGUUAUUUGCACAAUGAAGAGAAGACCGCUGCGGCAUUCGUUACCGAUCCUUCUUGGGCCAAGUCAAGCAACAAGCCAAGGAGGUUCUACCGCACAGGAGACCUUGUUCGUUACAACGAAGAUGGUACUAUCCAUUUCGUUGGGCGCAAAGACACCAUGAUGAAGAUUCGCGGUCAGAGAGUCGAGGCCGGCGAAAUCGAACACGCCAUCCGGACAAGGCUUCCUACACUUGAGCAUGUCGUUGUCGACUCAGCUCGCCCGGAGAGCCUCGACAGCCGCACUGCAUUGAUUGCAUACCUCCAACCCACCGCCACCCCAGCUGGAGAAACCCGUGUUCUUCCGCUGGAGCCAAUCAAGGAAAACUUAGUGGCACUGCAAGCAUCGCUCUCAGGUGCUUUACCACAUUAUAUGCUGCCCAACUACUUCAUACCCAUUUCUCGGGUGCCACUGACAAUGAACGGCAAGACGGACCGCCGCAAGCUCAAGGAACUGGUCUCAUCUCUCACUAGGGAGCAGCUACUCGAGUAUGGUCUACAGGUUUCGUUGACAAGCAACAAGCAACAGCCAUCAACUACAACAGAAUAUGCUCUGCGUGAUCUCUGGGCUGAAGCCCUGGGGGUAGACGCUGAUGCUAUUGGUACCGAGGACCAGUUUUUCCGAAUUGGUGGCGACUCAAUCCUCGCUAUCAAGCUGGUAUCGACAGCCGCUGCGAGUGGCAUCAAGUUGUCAGUCACAGACUUCUUCCAAAGCCCUGCUCUUUCAGAAAUGGCCAAAUCCGUCGACGGACGCACACAUUCUGAGGAACAAAAAGAUGUGGCGCCCUACGAGCCAUUCUCCCUCAUCACGACCAAGCCACAACUCAAGCUGGUGAAGGAGCUCGCAGUACAGAUCAAGACUGCUGAGGAUAACAUCUUGGACGUUCUUCCAGCAACUGACUUCCAGAAGAAUGCUGUUGCGCAUGCCUUGAUCAAGACUCGUGGAUUCAGGAACUACCUCUGGCUGGACCGUGAUAGCGAUGCGGAGACCAACCUUAUCACUGGUGCACUCAAAGCUUUCGUGGCGCAGCACGAGAUUCUCCGUACAGUAUUCGCUGUUCAUGAAGCAGAUAUUGUCCAGACGGUGCUUCGUGAUCUCCCGUACGAGAUUGAAUGGCAUGAGGCUGGAGAUGACAUCGAACCGCAGACCAAGCGGAUCUGCAAACAAGAUGCCGAACUUCCAGUGAUUAUGGCUGAUCCACUGUUGAAAUUCUUCGUGGUGAGCAAAGCUGGCUCGGAAGCUUCAUACCGCCUCAUCAUGCGCAUCUCCCAUGCACAGUACGACGGCUCUUGUCUGCCGCAGCUUUUGAACACCUUGGCUGCAGCGUUGCAAGGUCAAGAAGCGGGUCCGAUCUCAUCGAUGGCACCAUACUUCCAGGAACAGGCAGCUUCGCCAGCCCAACAAUCAGAAGCUGUAGAGUACUGGAAAUCUCUUCUCAACGGCUCGACUAUGACACAGAUCGUCAAACCUCUUCACGAAACACCAUCCUACAAGAACAUCUACAACACGUACUUGACGAAGAUGAUUCCUACUCCGUCAAAUGUCACAGCAAACCACGGCAUUACUUUUGCCACAAUUCUGAAGCUCGCCUGGUCCCUCACGGUUCACAGUAUGUCCUCGUCAAACGAUGUAACCUUCGGGCACGUCGUCUCUGGUCGGCCACCAUCCCUCACGGCCCUCAUGGGACCUUGCCUGAACAUUAUCCCCGUGCGGGUUGGUCUCAAAGACACUACCUCAAUCCUCAGUCUUUUGCGCCAGAUCCAAGACCAGCAUGCCUCUAGUUACCCCUUCGAAGCUACCGUUGGCACAAGAACGAUCAUCCGAGAGUGCACAGCCUGGCCACAACACACACGUUUCAGCAGUGUUGUGCAACAUCAAAACAUUGACGAAACAACCGAAGCAGGACAAGUGGGCGCCUGGUGUCCGGAAGCUGAUGAAGCUGAUGUGGCGAUCAAAACCACACCGCUAAAAGGCGGUGAAGUGACGGAGGUGGCGAUGAUUUGCUCUGAUGUUAUCAUCGGUAAGGCAAAAUGGGAAACUGUUCUUGAAGUUCUCUGCGAGAUUAUUUCAGCGGUUGGCGAAGACGAAAGCAAGACUGUUGGAGAAGUGUUGCGCAGUGAAAGUGGGUUGCGUCUGCCCCUGACCCGCGACGAUGGCUACACAAAUGGUUACACGAACGGUGUCAAUGGCUUCCAUCAACAAGCAUACGCUGAGCCAAAGGCAACGUUGGCAGCUCUGUGGCAGGAGAUUCUGGGUCUUUCUGAAGAUCAGACCAUGGCGUUGGAUUACCACAGCGAUUUCUUCCAAUUGGGAGGCGAUUUGGUUUUGGCGGCGGUUUUGGUUACCAAACUACAGCAACUGGGUGUCUGUAACGAGUUGAGUGUGGAGGAAGUCAUUGACCAUUCGCUGUUUGGGCAAAUGGUUAAGUUGUUGGUGAAGGUCUAA